UACAUCCUUCCUCUUUUAGACUUAUUCACUAGUGGGAAGUGGCUGCCAGAAGUAGCGUAAGGCUGAAAAUGAGAGAAAGAAGAAGGGCUGGAGGACGAAAGGAUGUCUUUGCUGUCAGGCUCUACCAUAGGGGACCAUUGUGAAGAGAAGAUGCACCUGCUGCUGCUCAUCUCCCUCCUCUUCUGGCGUCCAGGCUGCUCCGUCGUGUGGGGUCCAAAUGUGACAAGUGGCCCAGAAGGAAGCUCAUUGACUGUGCAGUGUCAUUAUGACCUAGGGUGGGAGCCCCACUACAAGUGGUGGUGUCGAGGAGCUGUCUGGGCUACCUGCAAAAUCCUUGUUAAAACCACCGGAUCAGAGCAGGAGGUGAAAGAAGGCCGUGUGUCCAUCAGGGACAAUCAUAAAAAACGCAUAUUCACUGUGACCAUGGAGAGGCUCACAGAAGACGAUGCAGACUUUUACUGGUGUGGGAUUGAGCGAUUUGGAACUAACCAUACAGUCAAGGUUAAAGUGUCAAUUGACCCAGACCUGGAAUUUGAGCCCAUCAAUUUGGAAGUCAAAAAUCUAAACGGGAAGCCAAGUGCUGUCAUUGUGAACUGCCAGCCUCCCCUGGAAGCCAAUGGAAAUAUUACCGCCCUUACCUCGGUUCCCAUGAGAAUUAAACGUAUUUCUCGAGGCGGUGAUCUGCGUGCUAUCGUUCUGAACUGCCAACCUCCCCUGACAAUCGGUGGGGAAAAAACCGACCCAAACUCUGCUAACAUACAUUUAGAAGAGAUUAACCGAGAAGGGGAGCAGCGUACUGUCUUUGGGAGCUGCCAGCCUCCUCUGGAAGACAACGGGAAAUUUGCUGACCCGAACUCUGCUUCCAUGUAUUUGACAGUCAUUUCUCAAAAAGGGAAGCCACGUGCUGUCAUUGUGAGUUGUAAGCCACCCCUGGAAGCCAGCUGGAAAAUUUUCGCCCCAACCUGUGCUCCCACGGAUUUCACACUCAUUUAUCAAGAAUCAAUGCCACAUACUCUCACUGUGAACUGCCAGCAUCCCAAGGAUGUCAAUAAGAAUAUUACUGCCCUGACCUCUGCUCCCACGGAUUUUACAGUCUUUACUCAUACUCCAGAAGUGAGGUCGCAUUCUGUCAUUGUGACCAGCCAGCCUCCCCUGGAAACCAAUGGGAGAACUACUGCCUCAACCUAUGCUCCCAAGGAUGUGACAGUUAUUACUGCAGAAGGAAAGCAGCAUGCUGUCACUGUGAGAAGGAAUCCUGCCCAGAAAGACAAUGGGAAAAUUAACAGUAAACAUCUCAGCUGAAUUUCUCAGCCUUACUCUGCCUUGGCCUGUGACUAUUUACCUCUUGUGCUGUGCAGGCCUUUUCUGUAUCCCUUUUCUGUCUCAGCAUCUCCGUUGACUCCCUGACCCUCUCUGAUUUGCUCCCCUUGUCCCCCACUACUGAUCGUGGAAUUCUUCUAAUGGUGCAUACAAUUCCACUCACAGACAUACAUCGUUAGAGUUGCCUCACAGAGGAUAUGUAUUUUUUUUUUUUUAAAACUCAAAA